CCCUCCCUCCUGGGCAUGGGACUCCGGGACUCCGGAGCGGCGCGCUCCGCCGCCAGGAGGCGACACCAUCGCCCUUCGCAGCCAGGUCCCUUACCCCGGGUCACCUCGGAGCCGGGGAGGGGCGCAAGGAGUCGAAGUAAAAUUCCUGGCGCGCUGGCCGCCCUCCCGGAAGGGCCCAGCCGGCCAGGUGCCCCGCCGCGCGACCCCCACGCCCAGCAGCCCUGCUGCCGCGAGCAUGCGCAGUGCCUCCCGCGAUUUGCGAAUUCCGCGGGUCCGCGGCGCGCGCCCCGCCCCGCCGCCUGUGCCCGCCCCCGGCGCUCGCGCACCCGCCUGCGGUUCGUCUGCGCCGCCCGGGAAGCCGCCACUUCCGGGCUCGUUUUGGGCCGCAGGGGGCGCCCCGAUCGCACGGCGCGUCCGGGGCGGGGCGCGGGCGGUCGGGAGUGCGGCAGUAGCGGCGGCGGCCGGAGCGCUGCAGCCAGCCUCGCCCACCGCAGCCUGCCCGUCUGCCCGCCGGCGCCCCGCGCGAUGGCGGGGAGCAGCUCGCUGGAGGCGGUGCGGAGGAAGAUCCGGAGCCUGCAGGAGCAGGCGGACGCCGCGGAGGAGCGCGCGGGCAGCCUGCAGCGCGAGCUGGACUACGAGAGGAAGCUAAGGGAGACCGCUGAAGCCGAUGUGGCCUCUCUGAACAGACGCAUCCAGCUGGUUGAGGAAGAGCUGGAUCGUGCCCAGGAGCGUCUGGCCACAGCCCUGCAGAAGCUGGAGGAAGCCGAGAAGGCAGCAGAUGAGAGCGAGAGAGGCAUGAAAGUCAUUGAGAGCCGAGCCCAAAAGGAUGAAGAGAAAAUGGAAAUUCAGGAGAUCCAACUGAAAGAGGCCAAGCACAUUGCUGAAGAUGCCGACCGCAAGUAUGAAGAGGUGGCCCGUAAGCUGGUCAUCAUUGAGAGUGACUUGGAACGUGCAGAGGAACGGGCUGAGCUCUCAGAAGGCCAAGUUCGACAGCUGGAAGAACAAUUAAGAAUAAUGGAUCAGACCUUGAAAGCAUUAAUGGCUGCAGAGGAUAAGUACUCACAGAAGGAAGACAAAUAUGAGGAAGAGAUCAAGGUCCUUUCUGACAAGCUGAAGGAGGCUGAGACUCGGGCUGAAUUUGCAGAGAGGUCAGUAACUAAAUUGGAGAAAAGCAUUGAUGACUUAGAAGAGAAAGUGGCUCACGCCAAAGAAGAAAACCUUAGUAUGCAUCAGAUGCUGGAUCAGACUUUACUGGAGUUAAACAACAUGUGAAAACCUCCUUAGCUGCGAACCACAUUCUUUCAUGUUGUGUUUGUUGUUUUUUUUGUUUUGUUUUUAAACACCAUGCUUACCCUGAAACCCCGUAAAUGCAUUUUUAUUUACUUUUACCACUGUCACAGAAACAUCCACAACAUACCAGCUAGAUCAGGGGGUGGGGAAAACACACACACACAGAGGCAAGCCCCUGUCAGGGCCAUAAAGAUUCCAAUGUGCCAUUUCCCGGGUUGACGUUGCCACACUUCGUAGAGAGUUUAGCAGCACUGUAUGCUUAGUCAGUCUAGGAAUCCUCACUAGAUAGAGCAGGAAGAUUUCCACUCGAAGUGCCAACGACGUGUUCAUCAGGAAGAUUCAUGUUGGAAACACAAUCAGGUGUGGAUUGGUGCUACUUUAAACAAAAGGUCCCACUGUGGUCUUUCGUUCCAUAUUGUACAAUUUAGAACUCCGUCCAACACUAAUUUAUUUUGUCUUGAGUUUUACUAUGAGAUGAGACUAUGGAUCCUGUAUGCCUGAAUUCACUAAAGCCAAGGGUUUGUAAGUCACGCUGCUCUCUUAAGACCAUUUCCUUCUAAUUGGCACACUUGCAGCUCAUUACAGCUCGUAGGACAGCAUUCGAUGUGGGUUUCCACUCUUCAUUUCUUGAUGUUAAAGUGAAAGAUUUAGGCACUACAUAUAAUUGGUGAAGAAAAACCAUGUUCUUAAGAGCUAUAACUAUAUGUAAACAUUGUAUAAUGAUGUGGAAUAAAAUGCACAUUGUAGGACAUUUUCUAAA